AUGGCGGAAGAAGAAAAAGAAGCUCCACUGCAUGCAGACAUACUAGAGGCAAUUCUGUCGCACGUGCCUCUCAUCGACCUCGCGCCAGCAUCUCGCGUGUCCGGAACCUGGAAACGUGCUGUUCUCUCCUCCCUUGAACGCUUCAACAAAAUAAAACCGUGGCUCGUUGUCCACACGAAGAGCAGCCGGCACCCGUACAAAGAGGCCACUCAUGCGUACGACCCACGCUCGCACGUGUGGGUGGAGAUCCAGCAGCCCACUAUGGAGCACGUCCCGGCCCUCCGAUCGUCGCACUCAACCCUCCUCUACAUACUCUCGCCAUGCAGAUUCACCUUCUCCGUCGACCCAUUUCACCUUAUGUGGCACACGGCAGACUCUCCGAUCGUGUGGCGGUCCGACCCGGUCGUCGCGCUGGUAGGCCACCGCGCCGUGGUCGCUGGCGGCAUGUGCGACUUCGGGGACGAGCCGAUACCAAUGGAGAUCUACGACUUGAGUACCCGCAAGUGGGACGUGUGCAACUCGAUCCCCGCGAUCCUUGUCGAUACCGCCGCUUCCACGUGUCUCUCGGUAGCCGUGGACGAGUGUAGAAUGUAUGUGAUGGAGAAAAGUUCCGGUGUGACGUACUUUUUCGAACCUAGCUCCAAGACCUGGCGCGGACCGUACGAUAUGCAGCCCGAUAAGAAGGCUUUCUCCUCCCUUAUCGGUUUCAUUAACGACCGCAUGGUUGUGGUGGGUCUUAUCGGAGAUGCUGAGAAUGUCAACGGCGUAAAAAUGUGGGAAGUGAAGGGUGAAAUGUCAGAGCUGAGGGAGAUGGGGAAGAUGCCAAAGGAGCUUGUGGGAAAGCUGAAAGGUGAGAGCCCACGUGUGUCGUCGAUUGGUAUGACUUCGAUGGGUGAUGUCGCGUAUUUUCACAAUUCGUCGGACCCUGUGGAGUUGAUUUUGUGCGAGGUAUCCAAGGGUGUGUGCAAGUGGGGGAGUGUACGGAAUGUGGUCGUGAAAGAUGGCGGCGGAAUGCAGAGUUUUGUGUUCACGUGUUCCAAUGUCGGAAUCGUAGAUUUGCACGAGGCAUUGAGGUCUGGUUAUAUGAGGUUCGCUAUAAAGGACGUGGCGUAA